GUAAAAUUCCGCAGUAACACAAAGUGAAGGGUGUAACUUUAUAAAGUUUCAAGCUGAAUUUAGUGGUUAAGUAUAGGUAUACAUACAUAUAUGUAUGUAGCAUUUUUUCGGAAAGGCAGAAAAACACCUUCCGGUACCUACAGUACCUAGUACCACACAGCUGUAGAGAAGGCCAUAUGUACAUCUACGCAUUGUUGGUUUGGAAAACAUCACCACUGUUCAAAUAAGUUGUUUCGCUCGAUAUAUUUCAUUGUAGCGAAAAAAGGAUUUGCAUAUUUAGUGCACGGUUAUUUAGUAGACGUUAUUGGUUAAAUGGUUACUAUGUCAUUUAUGUAAUGGUUCAAUAUUAAAAAUUAACUGAAAGGAAGCAUCGUUAUAGGUAUCAUAAUCAUAAAUUAUUAGAUUUCGUUCGUCAAAAAAAUCGUAACCUAUGUAAUCAACAUAGGAAUACUUAGUCUAUUGAUUUCCGUAAUAAUUUGAAUGGAUAUAUACACUCAAAUAAUAUAAUCGAACUAACUGACUCUAAGCGAUUUUUAUUUCAACCUUUGUAUUGCAAAUAUACAAACAGACAUCAAAUGUAUUCUAUAAUAUUAGUUCAUAUAUACAAAAAAGCUCCUGUAUUGAAGUUGAUUAAAUAUUAAAAUAUUCAAGUCCUCUAUUGAACCUCCGCUACGAAUGUGAAACACUUGAUGAAUCUCUAUAUAAUAUAGGUAGGUAAUGUUUUUCAGUACACUUCAAGGUGCGUCAUUUCAUUAGCGACUGCGUUGAUGUUGGAUACAUUUUUAUCAUUUUUAUAGAAAAACAAUGGAGUUCAGUGCCGAUAUCAAACCAUUUCUGAGACAGUGCCUGGUAACAACUGGUGUUUCAAUAUGUAUGAUGGAGCAUAGUUUAGUCAUGUCCUACACUGGCAUACUGAUACCACAACUGCGCAAUGAAACUACCAUAUAUGAAAAUGAGAAUAAGGAAUCUUGGAUUGCAUCUGUCCAAGGUAUAUCUUUAUUUCUCGGCGCCUUAAUGACAUCACAUAUAUUGAGUAGAUAUGGGCGAAGAAAAGCUAACCUCUUAUGUGCCUCGAUAAUGAUUGUGGGAUGGCUUUGUAUAAUACUAGCUUCUAAUAUUACAACAAUUUUAAUUGGAAGAUUUACUCAGGGCUUAGCACUAGGUAUUUCAAGCGUAUCUGGAUCAGUUUUGGUUGGUGAAUAUACUUCUCCAAAAUAUCGAGGAGGCUUUUUAACAAAAUUGUCGUUAACCAUAUUCAUUGGAAGUUUUAUAAGCCAUAUAUUAGGAUCCUUUCUCCAUUGGCGUACAACAGCAGCCGUUUGCUUGGUAAUAACAAUCGUGGAUUUGAUUGUAAUUUAUAUAUCUCCUGAAUCACCUAUGUUUCUUGUUACAAGAGGCAAAUUUGAUGAGUGCAGGAAAGUAUUUCACUGGCUCCGAGGUUCACAUGAGAAUGAAGAAUUAGAAGGCAUGAUAAAAGCAGAAAUACUAUGCAAAGAGACAACAACUCGUCCAAAGACUACAGACCUUUCAAGUAAAAUCAGUGCUAUGAUACUUAUUAUGAAAGAUCCUCAAUUUUUUAAACCAUUGCUUGUAAUGUUACAUCUGGAUAUAAUAAAUAUGUGGAGUGGAGGCAUCAUGAUAGAUGUAUACGCCAGUGAUAUAUUUCAAAAAGUCAUGGGAAGCGAUACUAAUGUAGCUUCCGUUAUAAUUACUGUCGACUGCGUUAGGAUAGCAUUAGCAUUUUGUGCUGUUUUCAUUCAUACAAAAUUUAGACGACGUCCAAUGCUUAUAUUAUUUGUUAGUCUAAAUGUGGCUGCUUAUUUUCUCAUUGCUGGAAGUUAUUACUUUAAGAGCAAAGAGGUAGCAUUUUUUAAUAACCCUAAAAUAGGUUUUGUACUUAUCAUCUUUCACGCAUUUACUACUGUUUUUGGAGCAGUAACUCUAUCGAAUAUUUUAGCCGGUGAAAUUUUCCCUUUACGAUUUAAGGCGAUAGAGAGUACAAUAUGUAUAUUAUUCUUAGCUGUUAAUAUCACAAUUAAAAUGAAGACAGUGCCGUAUUUGUUCUCCUCCAUAGGUUUAUCUGGUGCGUAUUGCCUGUACGGUUGCAUAAUAGCCUACGGACUGAUAGUGGCAGUUGUCAUGAUGCCAGAAACCAAAGGAAAAUCUUUGUUGAUUAUCGAAAAUUAUUGGAAAAAUGAACAACCGACAAAAGGCGAGUUAGCCUCGCUUGCAGAAAGAUCUGCAUAAUAUAGAUACUUUGGAAAUUAUUAUAGUAAAAAUAAAAUCACAUUUUUAUUGUGAAGCAUUCUAGAGAUAUUUUUUAUAUAUAUGAUAUAUCUACCUACUUGUGUUUCAUGUAUCAAAUUUUUACAUAAUCAUUUAUUAGCAGAGAUUAUUUAA